GAUAGGAAUGAUCCAAUCCUGGAGCUGAACUGAGGGUUGGGGCGGGGACAAGUGGCCCAGGUGGGCUGGGGACUGGAGCUGUCCUAGGGGAGCUGGUUUGCGGAUGCUGCCGAUACUCUUGCUGCAGUAGUACUGGGUCGCCAGGCAGAGCACCCUCUCUUGGAGGGGAGUCAUGAGCCGCUUCCUGAAUGUGUUACGGAGCUGGCUGGUCAUGGUAUCCAUCAUAGCCAUGGGGAACACGCUCCAGAGCUUCCGAGACCACACCUUUCUCUACGAAAAACUCUACACUGGCAAGCCUAACCUUGUGAAUGGCCUCCAAGCCCGGACCUUUGGGAUCUGGACGCUGCUCUCAUCAGUGAUUCGCUGCCUCUGUGCCAUUGACAUCCACAACAAAACACUCUAUCACAUCACACUGUGGACAUUCCUCCUCGCCCUGGGACAUUUCCUCUCAGAGUUGUUCAUAUUUGGAACAGCAGCUCCCACAGUUGGUGUCCUAGCCCCUCUGAUGGUAGCAAGUUUCUCAAUCCUGGGUAUGCUAGUUGGACUCCGGUACCUAGAAACAGAACCAGUGUCCAGACAGAAGAAGAGAAACUGAGGCCAGCCUUGCCACCUCCAAAACAUCGUCUUCCGCCUUCCUUGUCUUCCUUCUUUAUCCUCUGUCCUUAGGUCGUUUCUUUUUUGGCUGUAUCCUUAGCUCCUUCAUCUGGGUUCAGCAUCUUAAGCUUUUGAUUUAUGUUUUUAAAUUUUUUAAGAUACUCAUACAGAAAAAUUAUGUAACAUGUAUAUAUAAUUUAGCCACUUAAAAAGUAUUCUGUUACUCCAUCAAAGUCAGGAACCCUGAUUAGCCCCCUGAUCUGUCCUCCCCUAGCUGCAGCCCCCUCCAGGGUCCCUUUUCCAGUCUUCACUCUUUUCCUUUUAUCUCCAUUCCUUGAUGGGAACAUGAGAACUGUGAAGCUCAAGCUGCUGCCUGCCCAGAGCAGCUGCAACCAAGGGCUGCUUCAAGGGGUUGUCCACACAUACUGGGCUCCUUUCUGCUGCUGGACCCAAGACUCUGAACCAGCCAAGGGACAGGCAGUUCUUCUGAGAAGGGCUGCCCCCGGUGUGAGCAGGACCAGGCUCCUCUUUUAUCUACAGGCAGAUGAAGGUUGGAAGAGUCUGGGCUGUUUUUAGACCUUUUGGUCAGUUGUAUUUGUGUAAUGCAUUUUAUAAUAAAUAAUAAAACUAUACAUCCUUA